AUGGAUACAAAUCAUCAUAUCGACAACAACGUUCGCAGAUUCUCAUCGAUCGUUAAACCGGAGAUGAGCUUUCAGGAUCUGGAAGCUGGGACGCCGUUGAGAUCGCAGAGAAAUUUGAUCAACGGUAAAAAGGAUGGAACACAAGCGGUGGCUUCCGGUAUCUUUCAGAUCAACACGGCGGUUUCUACCUUCCAGCGACUUGUUAAUACACUCGGCACACCCAAGGAUACGCCGGAGCUCCGUGACAAGCUGCACAAGACAAGGUUACAUAUUGGGCAGUUGGUAAAGGAUACAUCGGCAAAACUUAAGGAAGUUAGUGAAACCGAUCAUCAUCAAGAUGUUGUUCAAAGCAAGAAGAUUGCAGAUGCUAAGCUUGCAAAGGAUUUCGAAGCAGUGUUGAAAGAGUUUCAGAAGGCACAACGAAUUGCAGCUGAAAGGGAAAGUACUUACACUUCUUUCGAUCCAAAAGGCAGCCUUUCUUCAAGUGAAGUAGAAAUUGGCUAUGAUAAUAGAUCACAAGAGCAGCGUGUACUCAUGGAAUCUAGAAGGCAAGAAGUUGUGUUGCUUGACAACGAAAUAUCCUUCAACGAAGCAAUGAUUGAGGAAAGAGAACAGGGAAUACAGGAAGUUCAGCAGCAAAUCGGUGAAGUAAACGAGAUUUUUAAAGAUCUUGCGGUGUUGGUUCACGACCAAGGAGCCAUGAUCGAUGAUAUCGGUAGCCAUGUCGAGAAUGCAUAUUCCUCAACAGCUCAGGGAAAGUCUCAUCUCGUGAAAGCCUCCAAGACGCAAAGAUCAAACUCGUCUCUGAUGUGCUUACUAAUGGUGAUAUUUGGUAUCAUUCUCCUCAUCAUUAUCAUAGUAAUCGCAGCUUGA